AUGUCGCCCGUUUCUUUGGAAUUUCAGGGAGAGUUCACCUCUGAAGAGAGGAGUGCAUGGCAGAAUCGGUUCAGAGAGAUGAUGUCCGAAAUUACCGUCGAUCGACCGCGCAGUAGCACGAGUAAGUUCAGUACUCUCAACACACCCGAUCAGCCUAGCCCCGUUCAAAAGCAAUGCAAAAUUGUCUUGCACAAGACCGACUCAAAUGCGAAUGAGAUCGCAACGGGUUCUUUAUCUCCGCAAAAGAAGAACUCCGUCGAUGGCGUCGCAAGCUACAUGGUUCCCGUUUCUGGCGACUCGAAUGAAAACGACAUUCGCUGUAUUCGCGACAUCGUCGAGAGGUUUCACUCCACUGGGGGAGAAAUUAGCUGGGCUAGUUAUCGCUCAUUGCCAAGAGUGAAGCCGAUGCGCGCGAACACUGCAGAUAGUGCGAGUAUGUGCUCACACGUCAUUGCCGAACACCUCGACUUAGUCAAUAAAUUUAUUGGACACCAGAAGUUUCUGAAGUACAUAAUGAUAGAGAAUCAGCGAUACAAAACCUCGUGCUACAUUCAGCCGCAUAUCGCCCAGUGUAUCUUCAAAUACACAGACUACUUCAUCCAGGCAUACUCUGAAAACAGCAUGAAAGUCUGCGGCAUCAUAAACCUUCCAUUCCCCAGUAACGUUGAAGAAUUCUUUCGUAUCCAAGAAGACUUCUUUUCGGACCAUUUUGUUGACGUCUCUUCGAAAUAUGCAGAUUCCGGAUAUGAGAUUCGUGAGCACGCGAAGCUACUAGACAAAGAACGACUCAGCAAGGACAUGAACUGUCCGAAGUAUCGAUUCUGGACUGAUAUCUUUGAAUACGGAAAAGAAAAUGCGGAGUACUUCUUAGAGCGCCAAACGUUUGCUGAUCUUUUUGCGGAAAGAAAUCAAAAAUUCAUCCAAAUGAAGAACGUGUGCGAGCGGCUCUACUCAACGUAUGAGAAGUACGACAGUGGAAAAUUCACUCGUGCGAUGCGUUUUAUAAAUGUGCAGGUCAAAGCGAUUGAAAAUAAACUCAAAGAAAAGCAACAACAAUACCGACAUUUUGAGUUUUACGCAACCGUUCAAGACUUUCCUCCGCUGGAAGCUCAUCGUGCUGGAGUUGGUUUUAUUUUCGAAGCACGUGCCCUGCCCCUGGAAAAAGUGGAGACGGAGAUUCUUUAUCCCUCCGAGCCGACUUCUACUCCGAUCGAAGAAGAUGUCAUGGGCCAUUUGUCACACGAAGAACUUUAUAAUACAACUGACAAACUUCGCCUGGCAUUUUACGAUGAGUUCAUGAUUAUUUGCAAGAAAGAACGUUCGAAACAUUAUCGAACGUUACAAAGAAAGAGAUCAGGAAGAAGUUGGAAAUUUUGCGAGCUGAUUCCUUACUAUCACAUAACAAAGAUUAUCCAGGACGUGAAAGCUUCGCCCCAUUUUGCGGUUGUUUGCGAAGGAGGAGGACGAAGGCUUCUUCUGGAAUACCAAAGCUCAUCAGAAUACAAAUCCUUCGACGAUUUCGUUAAAGGAUUCUUCGACGUCGUGGAGAAGAGAUUAAAAGAAGUGGACGGGAUCGUCGAGUUUUCAAAGAUCGAGAUGGGGCUUCGAGGAACUAAGCGGAUAGUGCCUUUCUUCCGAACGUCAGGUGGCAGAGCCAAUAUCGCCCCUGAACUCGCUCUUCUGCAAUCGAGAGUUCAAAUUCAAUACGUUGAAACGGUGAACAAAUGGGACAUGAGAGUGUCUCCUUUCAUCGGCAGAAGAAGCGAUCAUAUGCGAAGAUCGAAAAAGCGGGAGGGAUCGUCUGGAGAGUUGACACUUCCAAAGUACGAUCUCAUUCGUCCACACGCUUACAAACCAUGGACUUCAACCUUCAAACUGUCCGAUUCACUGACACACAUUUCUCCAACUAAAAUGGGCUUUCCUCGAAGCCAAACGUGCUUUUCAAUGUACGAAGGAUUGAUGAGGACUACCUCAAUGAGAUCGGUCUCGUCUUUGAAUUCAUACCGAAGUCAUCUCAACAACUCGGCGAACAAUUUGGAUGAAUGCAACGAGUCGCCAAAUAUUCUCGAGCAUGCGUCUGGCGACGACGUUUUCCUCAGUCACAAUGUUGAGAAACUUGUCAUUUAA